GGGUAAAAUGCUAUUCAUUCAUGUGUGUAAAUUAACCUGACUUUUCUCUCUUUCUCUGCUCUCUGUUUUGCUGAAUGGAAGCGAGAAAAAGCUUAUCACAGAUGCUCUGAGCAGAAACCAAUUUUUGAAAAGGCUGGACCUUCAACAGAUCAGAGACAUGGUAGAAUGUAUGUACGGAAGGACAUACCAGCAAGGAAACUACAUAAUCAAACAAGGAGAACCUGGCAACCAUUUAUUCGUACUGGCAGAAGGUAGAUUGGAGGUUUAUCAGCAAAACAAAUUUCUGUCAUCCAUUCCUGUGUGGACAGCUUUUGGAGAACUGGCUAUUUUAUAUAAUUGCACAAGGACAGCCUCAGUAAAAGCUGUUACCAGUGUGAAAACAUGGGCAUUAGACAGAGAGGUUUUCCAAAACAUCAUGAGGAGAACAGCUCAAACAAGGCAUGACCAAUAUAGAAACUUUCUGAGAAGUGUUUCUUUACUGAAGAAUUUACCCGAAGACAAACUAACCAAGAUUAUAGACUGCUUGGAAGUGGGCAGCACCCUGGAAAUGACCAAGUUACGUAUCUCCUAG